AUGGCGGCUGCAGGGACAGAUGCAACGGAGAAUACGCCUCUGUUGCGUGAGGAUGUCAGCUCCAAUGGUACGAUAGAUCCAGAGGAAGUGUCCAAUGGUACUUCUCUGCCGGAGGAUGAUGGAUCACAGAAAGGGUCUUCUUCUCAUUUGAAAUAUAUUGUUCCCGCGAUUUCCAUAGGCGUCUUCCUGGCUGCAGCCGACCAGACUAUCAUCGUCGCAAGUUAUGGAAAAAUCGGCAGCGAUCUGAAAGCGCUAAAUUUGACAAGCUGGAUCGCGACUUCAUAUUUUCUUACUUUGACUUCUUUUCAGCCAUUGUAUGGCAAGCUUUGCAAUAUUUUCGGACGUAAAGCAUGUCUACUUUUUGCCUAUAUUGUCUUUGGGACAGGGAGUUUGUUCUGUGGGUUAGCGCAGGAUAUUAAUCAGUUGAUUGCUGCAAGGGUUUAUCAAGGGAUUGGAGGUGGAGGCAUGACGACUGUCGUCAGCAUUCUUAUAAGUGACUUGGUGCCUCUGCGGGACCGCGGCUUGUGGCAGGGAAUAAUUAACAUUAUAUAUGCCACCGGGUCAGGAAUCGGUGGACCACUAGGUGGUAUCUUAGCCGAUUACAUUGGCUGGCGUUGGGCUUUUAUUGCGCAGGCACCUAUGUGCCUAUUGGCAUUUCUACUUGUCACUUUCUUACUUCAUGUGCCCGGUCCCGACUCAGGAGACUGGAUUGCAAAGCUGAAACGUAUCGAUUUUCUCGGCGCUACAGUUUUAGUAGGCGCCGUUCUGGGUUUCUCCAUCGGUCUAGAUAGAGGAAGCAACGUCUCCUGGUCCAUACCAGAAAGUUACGUCUCCUUGAUUGUUUCAAUAGUCCUAUUCAUCGCUUUCAUCCUCGUUGAGAUCUAUGUUGCACCUGAACCAUUCGCUCCCGGUCACCUCAUCUUCGAUCAAAAUCUACUUGCUUGUUAUGCAUGCAAUUUCUUCAGCUUUGCGGGUUUUAUGGGAAUUUUGUUUUACAUCCCGCUAUAUUUUCAGGCUGUCAACGGCGUGUCAGCUAGCGUUGCCGGUGUACGACUCUUACCCCAGAUUAUUUUUGGUGUGUCAGGCUCCCUGGCUGCAGGCAUCUUCAUGAGACGAUAUGGAACGUACUACGGCAUUACCAUAUUUGGGUACGGACUUCUACUCUCUGGUUCAUUCGUCCUUUUCCUCUUUUCUGGAGCCAUUGCCGAUGCUUAUCAGUUGAUGAUUGUGGGAGCGAUGAUAUCUGCUUUUGGGAAUGGAAUAGGCGUCACUACGACGUUGAUUGGAUUGAUUUCAAAUGCCUCCUCCGAGGACCAAGCAGUCGUAACAGCUUGCUCCUACCUGUUCCGCUCACUCGGAAGCGUGCUUGGUAUCUCACUGGCAUCCACUGUUGAGCAACAACUACUUCGUGAUAGACUAAAACUUUCACUCCACGGCAGUCAAGAUAUAGAUCGCAUCGUGGACGGUGUGCGACAGUCUCUCGACUUCAUCAAAACUUUGCCCAUUGAUCUACAGGCUGCAGUCCGUAGAGCUUAUGGUUGGUCUACAGACAUUACCUUUGCUGUUCAGACAGGUGUAACGCUUUUUGCACUUUACCUAAUCAAGAACUCAUCGUCUUCGGCGAUCGUUAGUGUUAUGCUAGACGAAUACUCCCGGUACCGACCUGCGCUCUUCGCAGCUGCAGGCGUUGCAUUAUUGGGCGGCAUAUUCUAUUUCCAUUCCCACGCAAACCCUACGACAACUGCAAGUUCUCCGCAAUUACAUCGUCGCGGUGCUAUCCUUCGCCGGCACCGUCGUGAUAACAGCGACCGAACUCAAAAUGAGGCGGCCGACACCCCCUCCGCUCUGGCAAUUGCCCAUCUCGAACAGCUAGAGAGAGAAAACGGUGCAUACGGAACGUUUAGGAUUGAGACGGAAGAUGGACGGAUGGUGGAGAGUGGGCUGCUUCCCUCGUUGCUUGUCACACGAGAUCAACUCAUGGCCGAGGUUGGAAUGCCAGAGUCUCACGCGGAACGAAUGCGAGAGAUGAUGGAAGAUACCUUUCUCGAGUCAUUCUUUGCUCUUGAUUUUCCUCCAAACCAUACGAUACCCGAGGGCUCCGCAGAGAGGGAAUACCUGACUCGUGAAUUGAGUCAUCGUGGCAUUUCGAAUGAGGGAAUACAACGAGCCCUUAGCGCGUUCAAUGGGGACCCAGCAUUCGGUGAAGCUCUGCGUGUUCGGCGUCAGCUUGGAACUAGAGUCACAUUGUCGGCAAAUGCCCCAGCUGCGGAGCUUGAGGAGGUAAAUGAAGUGAACCCUGUUGUCGCAGAUGCAGGCGAGACGGAAAGUGUUUUUUCUUGGCGCAAUGAUAACGCAGACGGGGAACCAGCUCGUGAAGGUCAAAAUCUGCUUAAUCUCCUCUACCAUAUAGCCGAGGAUCAGGCAAAGAAAGAUGGAUAUAUCCACCGUGGGGUAACCUGCAAUAACUGCGGUAUGCUGCCUAUUCAGGGAAUCCGAUACCGCUGCGAUAACUGUGUCGAUUUUGAUCUGUGCGAGAAUUGUGAAGCUCAGCAGGUCCACAAUAAAACCCAUAUAUUUCUUAAAGUUCGCAUUCCGGCACCAUAUAUGGGAAUACCUCGUCAAGGACGACCGUUGUGGUAUCCUGGUAAACCCGAAACUCUUCCCAAAAACCUGCCAACAGCUCUGGCUCGGCGCCUAGCGAAGGAAACCUCAUUUGAAAAUACAGAACUUGACGCAUUGUGGGAUCAGUAUCGAUGCCUAGCUAAUACUCCUUGGCCUGCAGACCCUAACAAACUAGGUAUGGCUAUUGACCGCAAGACUUUUGAUCGCUGUUUUAUCCCAAAUACCUCUUCCCGACCGCCUCCGCCAAGCUUGAUUUUUGAUCGCAUGUUUGCAUUCUAUGAUACCAAUGGAGACAAUCUUAUCGGUUUCGAGGAGUUUGCAAAGGCAAUCGCCAGCUUUAAUAAUAAAGACGCAAUAGAUGAGAAGAUGCGCCGCAUCUUCAAGGGUUAUGAUGUUGACGGCGAUGGUUACAUAGAGAGGAAAGAUUUUCUGCGCAUGUUCCGUGCCUAUUAUGCGCUUAUCAAAGAAUUGAGUGCUGAUCUCGUGCAAGCAUAUGAGGAGGACUUUGGCCCUGGGGACGGAACUGCUGCACGCGACAUCGUUACGGGUACACGACCCAUUAGCUCUGCUUUCAGUGGGAACUUUGGUAAUGCGGAAACUCCUAGGACCGGGGAAGGUAAGCGCACAAAUCUUGAGGGCGAUAUGGAGGUCGUGGACGGUGUGGGAGUCUUGCGACCCGAUGGCUUGGAUCAUGGUGAUAUGUACACAGUUGUAGGCGAUGCUGCUUUCCGUCGACAAUUCAUUAGGCGACAACAGGACUUGACAGGCAUUCAUCCUGAUGUGUCACCGCCUUCAUCAGUGUCUGGCGGCGUAGAAGUAGAGGGCGAAUCGCACAACGAAGUGACAGGCGAGCAAGCACGGCCCGGAGAGGCGAGGGAAGAAGACGACGAAGAAAGUACCGAUGAUGAACAGGACGAGACUACCGGUUCCACUUCGGCCGCAGAAGCUCGAAGAAGGGCUAUCCAUGAGCGCUGGCGCCGUCGUCAAUUUUACACAGAUGAGGAAGAUGGCGCUACAGCCCCAGAAGGUUUCGAGCAGGACGCGGAUGAGAACGAGUCUGAAAAUGAAUCUAUCUACCCGGGGCAGUCUUCGCGGCCUCCGUCUUUAAGGUCACGCUCUUCUUCGAAAGUGCGCUUUGAAGAUGAUGAAUACGACGUACGCUCCAACGGCUCCACGUCGGUGGGCGAGCGUUGGGGCGGAUUUGAGGUACCUGAACCGGAAAGAGAUAUUGGUAAAGAAAUUCUCUACCAAGCAACUAAAGAAGGAAUGAAUGAGCUUCUGGAUGUUUUAUUCAAAGAGAAAGAAGAUCUUCUGAUGGAUCUCCGCAGGACGCGAAAUGACCGAAUUCGAUGGGCUGCUGAGAUAGAGUGGUUCAAAGACCCGAGCAAACGCUUUGAGAGAAAUGAUCCGGAGUUCAAUCUACCCGGCGGCUUGGAUUAUGAGAAUGCCGAAUUGGACGAAUUACUAGGCGCUGCUGGUUACUCUGUGAUUGAGGAUACUGAACCCACGCCUAGCGCUCAUGUUCCCCCAACUGCUGAGGAAGCAAUUGAAGAAGAUGAAGAAUAUGAAGAGAUAGGAGAAACCAGCGAAGUCGAAGCCGUCGAUCCAACGCUUCCUCAACAUAGGCCAAACGAAGCGCCAGCAAUCCCCAGCUCUGCAGCAGCUGCCUCCUCUCUUCAUCUUCGUCUUGAUAACUCAACAUUGUUCCCUGUCCCACAGCCAGAUAAUUCAAAUCAAGCAGAAGCAACAGCACCGAAAUUCUCACCUGUCUUGAAACCUACUCCAUCCACCGGCUCGCCCGUCCAUCAAUCCCCCAAGCUCCCUCCACACAAACGAACUGCUCCACGACGACCACCAUCAAAACCUUCUCCUCGCCAACUCACAUACUGGGCAGCUUUGAAUGACGCAGAACGCGAGAUUCUUGUCCGGGGCGGCGGUGCGAAGUUAAAUUAUGACGAGUUCCGUCGUAUUAUGAAUACUGAAGAAGGCAAAAAGUUGAACUUUCUGAGCACUUAUAUUGAAAUGGCUAGUUUCUGAGGCUGGGUCCAUAUUGUGAUGGCGUCCUGCUUGUUCUUCAAUGCAUUGUAUUACUAUAAACCAUGUUUUUACCCUAGCAUCGACAUUUUUAUGUGUAAAUAUUUGUUCAUGUUUAAGGUAACGGCGCGUGAGUCUUGACAG